ACCUUAAUACAACCUAUCUAUCUAGCCGCCGUCUCUCCCUUCUCCCACCCCCGUCGGCGUCACUCCGCCGGCCAGAUUCUCAAAAACCCAAACAAGCCAUUUGCCAGAUUCUCAAAAACCGUCUGCGUCAAUGGAGCCUCCGGCUACAUCGCCUCCUGGCUCGUCAAGCUCCUCCUCUCCCGCGGCUACACCAUCAGGGCCUCCGUCCGCGAUCCAAACGAUCCGAGGAAGACCGAGCACCUCCGCGCGCUCGACGGAGCUUCCGAGCGGCUCCAGCUGUUCAAGGCGAACUUGCUCAAGAAAGGCUCGUUCGAUUCCGUCGUCCAGGGCUGCGACGGCGUCUUCCACACCGCUUUGCCUUUCUACCACGACGUCCAGGAUCCUCAGGUUAGAUUUCUCUGCUUUCUGAUUUUUCUUCUUCCUCCCUUUGGUGACUGUUAGGUUCGAUCUUGUUGUUCUGUGGUAGACUGGUAGUUGAGUUUUUAGGUUGUGCG